AUGGCCAAGAUGACCUCGAUAAUAGGGAUCCUUAUGGGUGUGCUGACAACAGCCACUGCGGCCUCCAUCCCAACAGGGUCCUCUGCUGCUGCUGCUGCUCUCAGCUCGCUGGGUGUUUCUCCUCCAUCUGGCAACGUUCUCAUUGGAAAUGCCGGCUACACCUGUAGUCUCUUGAAUCGGGUCUUCUCCAAGAACGAGACAUUCACAGUGACCUCGCCAUAUUACGAUGUUUUCAUUGACGAAGCCUGGUCGGAGAAUUGCCGAUUGAAUGCGUCUUGCAUAGUCACGCCUGAAUCUGCCCAAGAGGUCUCGCGUCUGUUGCAGAUCCUUAGUAUUCUGGAAACAAAAUUCGCCAUUCGCUCCGGUGGACACAAUACCAACCCGGGAUUCAGUUCAAUCGGCAGUGACGGGGUGUUGAUCGCUCUGGAGAAGUUGGAUAGCAUUUCCUUAAGCGCUGAUCGCGGAACUGUCACUGUCGGGCCUGGUAAUAGAUGGGAGUCUGUAUACAAGUACCUCCAGCCGUAUAAUCUCACGGCCUUAGGCGGCCGUGAAGCGGUUGUGGGUGUUGGUGGAUACAUUCUUGGUGGCGGUCUCAGCACCUUCUACAACACCCACGGCUUGGCCAUUGACAGUGUCACCCGAUUCCAGGUGGUUCUACCCAAUGGAACUAUUGUCGAUGCCACCCCAACUGAGCAUGCCGAUCUAUAUAAAGGUCUGAAGGGAGGCCUGAAUAACUUCGGCAUUGUAACUGAAUAUGACCUCAGCACCAAUACCGGCGUCGAUAUCUACUAUGAGAUCAAAACGUACACCACUGCCAACACUCCGGCCGUGCUUGCGGCCUAUGCGACGUAUCUUUUGGACGCCGACAUCAACAGCAAUGUGGAGAUCCAGAUCAACCCCAGCUACACUUUGGUCUUCUACGGGUAUCUCGGUCAUGUAUCCGCACCUACAGACUUUGAUCCAUUCUCCGACAUACCCGUGGCCUCCACCAUGUAUCCACCAACGAACGGCUCGCUCACUGAGCUUCUCCUCACCAUUGGCUCCACCGGACUGACAUCCGAGGGUGUCUCCUACAGCGGUACCUUUUCAUUUAAGGUGACAGGGUCCACUUUCCUGCAGGACACUUACUCAACCUAUCUCGAAGCCGCUGCCUCUCUCCCGUCGGGCGCGGUACUCUCUUAUGUGCCUCAGGGUGUGAUUCCAAAUCUAGUAACUCAAGGAAAGUCGCAGAAUGGAGGGAACCUACUGGGUCUGGAGGCCACGCCUCAAGUCUGGGCGAAUAUCUUCGCUCAAUUCCCAGCUACACUCAGCCAAUCAGAGGUGGCAGGUGCUGUAGACUCAUUGCUGGCCAAGCUCAUCUCCAGCGCAAAGUCGGAGGAUCUUUUCCUCCCCUAUAUCUUCGUCAAUGACGCGGGUGCCAAGCAGAAGCCGCUGCAGUCGUUUGGGGAAAACAAUAUCAAGUAUAUUGACACAGUCGCGAAAAGGUAUGACCCUAAGAGAAUUAUGCAGAAGCUGCAGAAUCAGGCAUACUUUGUUUCGGAGGAGUUGUAG